GACACGAUGUCACUAUUACAGAAAAGAUGUUCGAUUGCCCCAUCAGUUACAGAGAGCUAUGGCGGCAGAGGCAGAGGCAUCCCGAGAAGCGAGAGCAAAGGUUUUAGCUGCAGAGGGUGAACAGAGGGCCUCCGUCGCACUGAAGGAAGCCGCUAACGUAAUGGCUGAUUCUCCAGGUGCCCUUCAGCUUCGCUACUUGCAAACACUCAAUUCCAUAGCUGCUGAGAGGAAUUCCACGAUCAUUUUCCCACUACCAAUAGAGCUUUUGAAAGGCUUUUCAAGCAGAUAGGGACAAAUAAAUACUCAGAAUUAACAAUAACGUUACGAGCAUU